CCAUCGUCCCCGUCCCUGUCCCCUCUCCCAGCCACAUGGGUGUCCCUGGGGGACAGGGAAAACUGUCCCCUGUCCUCCCAGCUGGCAGCCAUGUGCUCAGGGGCCCGGUGGCUGGGCCCCCCUGUGCUGGCCACGGGCACAAAGGGGACCUUAUUUUGGUGGUGGGUGGCUUUUGGGCACCCCUGGGUCUCCCUGGGCGGGGGGGGGGACACGGGCAGCAGAGCCUGGUCCCCAAGCUGGUGGUGUCCCCAAGCCGGUGGUGUCCCCAAGCCGGCUUCGUUCCUCUUGCCUCUCUUCCAGCACGCUCGGCGUCCCGGGGUGACCUUGGCAUGUCCUUGUCCCCGUUGUCCUCGUCCUCAUCCUCCUGCCGCCCAGCAUCGCGGAGGGCUGGGGGCAUCGUGGUGUGCCCCCCCUUGUCUUGGGGGGGGAGACCCUCCGCUCGCCCUUCCCAGGGUGACUGGGGGAAGGUGGCCCUGGGAUGGUGGCCCUGCCCUCCAGCAAUGACAGUCCCCAGGGACUGGUGGCUCUGCCACAAGUGACAUCCUCAAACCCCUUCUUUGCUGGCUCGUGAGGAAAUCGGGGCUUUCGUGGUCCCCAAAAAAAUGACACUGGACAUGUCCCAUGCCCCCUCGGUGCAAAACGUGUUCCCAGAGGUGCCACCAAGCCAGGCUCAUGGGGAUGUGUGGUGAUACAAAGGCUCCAGUGCCCAUGUCCCAGCCUGGUGGCCACCCCAGGAGGAGGGUUUGCAAGCCCCCAGCACUGCCAUCACGUGGUGGCAGCAUGGUGGCCUCGCCAGGACAACAGCACUGGGAGCAGACUCACCGGGAUGGCAGCACCAGCGUAGCCUCACCACGAUGGUGACACCAGGAUUGGCCUCUCUGGGAUGGUGGCACUGGCACCAGCCUCGCCGGGAUGGCACUAGGAGGAUGUCCUCGCUGGGAUGGUGGCCCCAGGACUGGCUGUGCCAGGCUGGCACUGGGAUGUCCUCACCGUAUGGUGGCACCUGGGAUGGCCUUGCUGAGGUGGCACCAGGAUUAACAUCACCAGGACAACACGGACUGGCCUCACUGGGAUUGUGGCACUGGGAUGACCUCGCCGUAUGGUGGCACCAGGAUUAGCUUCGCUAGGAUGGCACUGGAACUGGCAUUACUGGGGCUGGCCGCGCUGGGAUGACACCAGGAUGGGCUUACUGGGACUGGCAUCUCCAAGACACCGCUGGGACUAGUCUCACUGGAUCUUGCCUCACUGGGACAGCGCUGGGGUGGCCUCGUUGGGACAGUGGCAUUAGGGCAGCAACUGGGAUCACCUCACCAUGCAGGCACAGGGACUGGUCUUGCUGGGAUGGCAUCAGGACGGCCUUCCCAGGACUUGUGACCUGUCCAUGUCCCCGCACAACCACCCCUUUGAGGGCUGGAGGGGACUCUAGAGUUCCCCUCCUGCCCCAACAGUCCUCAGGGGAGCUGGGGGCUCCUGGGGCUCCCCGCUGUGGGGCUGGAGCCCUCCACCGUGGUGGUGUUGGCCAUCACUGCUGGUUUGGCCAUCGCUGCUUUGGGGGAGGCCACAGGUGCUGGAGGGCUCAAACCUUGCCCUGUGCACCAGCUCCUUCCCUCCCUUCAAAUUUCCAAACCCAUAACGUCUUCAUCCCUUUGAGGAAAAGAUCACCCAAAAUCCUGAGGUCUCUGUGGUCUACGAUGUUGUGUGGCCAGACUGGAAAGGGGAAAAACCCACGUGGGGGAAAGGGUAGCACUCAGCCUUUAUUAGCCAUCAGAGAAGCCACAUCUAGCCAGGCAUGGGCCACCAGACUGCCCCAUCUCUCCGUAACGGUGAAGGGUGGGGGUUGCCUUGCCCGGGGAGGUGGCACAGAGGGGUUGAGGGGUUCUGGUUGUCACUGUCCUGUUCCUUCCUUGCAGAGCUCCUACCCCAUCUGGGAGGACUUCAACUCAAAGGCCACCAAGCUGCACUCCCAGCUCAGGACCACGGUGCUGGCCGCAGUCGCCUUCCUGGAUGCCUUCCAGAAAGUGGCCGACAUGGCCACCAACACCCGAGGUGCCACAAGGGACAUUGGCUCCGCGCUGACCCGCAUGUGCAUGCGGCACCGCAGCAUCGAGGCCAAGCUCCGGCAGUUCACCAACGCCCUCAUGGAGAGCCUGAUCAACCCUCUGCAGGACAGGAUUGAGGACUGGAAGAAAACUGCCAACCAGCUGGAUAAGGACCACGCGAAAGAGUACAAACGAGCCCGCCACGAGAUCAAGAAAAAAUCCUCCGACACCCUCAAGCUCCAGAAAAAGGCUCGUAAAGGUGAGGGGGGGAACGGGGAGCUCACCAUGCUCGGGGAGAUCACCCACCUGCAGGGCAUCAUCGAGGACCUGGUGGUCCUCACCGCCGAGCCCCACAAGCUGCCCCCCGCCAGCGAGCAGGUGAUCAAGGACCUGAAGGGCUCUGACUACAGCUGGUCCUACCAGACCCCCCCAUCUUCACCCAGCAGCUCCAGCUCCCGCAAGUCCAGCAUGUGCAGGUAUGGGGCUGGGGGCUCCACACCUAACACUGCCCCCUUCCUUAACCCUUGGGGGGACUGGUCCAAGGCCAGCCCCUACGACCAGCCGGUGGUCCCCACCCUGCAGCGGCGCAAGGACCGCGUGGAGCACCUGCGGGAAGCCGAGAUGGGGUCCCCCGCUGGUGGGUACCCGGCCAUCGGUGGUGAGGAUGCCCCCCGGCCCCGGAUGUCACCGGCCACCAUUGCCGCCAAGCAUGGGGAGGAGGUGUCCCCCGCCGCCAGCGACCUGGCCAUGGUGUUGACCCGGGGGCUCAGCCUGGAGCACCAGAAGAGUAGCCGGGACUCGCUGCAGUAUUCCAGCGGCUACAGCACGCAGACCACCACCCCCUCCUGCUCCGAGGACACCAUCCCUUCCCAAGGCUCUGACUACGACUGCUACUCGGUCAACGGCGAUGUGGAGUGUGACCCCCAGAGCGACUUCGAUAAGUCCUCCACCAUCCCGCGCAACAGCAACAUCGCCCAGAACUACCGGCGGAUGAUCCAGACCAAGCGUCCCGCCUCCACCGCCGGCCUGCCCACCGGUACCAACCUCCCGGCCGGCACCACCCCGGGGGUGGCCACCAUCCGCCGCACGCCCUCCACCAAACCCUCGGUCCGCCGUACCCUCUCCAACGCCGGCCCCAUCCCCAUCCGACCCCCCAUCGUCCCCGUCAAGACCCCCACGGUGCCCGACUCCCCCGGCUACGCUGGCCCCACGCGGGUGGGCAGCGAAGAGUGCGUCUUCUACGUGGACGAUGCCUCGCCCAACCCCCUGGAUUUUGCCAAAGCUUCGCCCAAGAGGCUGAGCCUUCCCAACACGGCCUGGGGUGGUGGUGCCAUGGAGAUCUCCGUCUACCCCGGGGCCGGCCAACACCUCUCCGCCGAGGAAGAGGAGGACCAACAGUUGGCCGCCAACCGGCACAGUUUGGUGGAGAAGAUCGGCGAGCUGGUGGCCGGCGCCCACGCUCUAGGGGAAGGCCAGUUCCCCUUCCCCACCGCCCUCACGGGGUCGGGCCCCGGCGAGGAGACCCCCGCGCCCCCCCCGGCAGCCUCCAUGGACCCCCCGGCCGAAGACAUGCUGGUGGCCAUCCGGCGCGGGGUGCGCCUGCGCAGGACCGUCACCAACGACAGGUCGGCCCCGCGGAUAUCGUGAUGACGCCCGGGCCAGCGGGGACGUGCCCACCGCCGCCCACGGAACCCCCGGCCCCCGGGGGGCACCCGCUGAGCCCUCCCCCCGCC